AUGGAUGAGGAUUCUGACAAUCUGUUAUUAGCCUUUGAUGGCACCAAUGGGGUUCAAAGCGACCCGACUAUACCGAAUGGCCUGGAUAGUUCGGUGAUCGAUCCUACCAUAGCGGACCCAACUGCAAUUGUAACUAGAAAGAGGAGACCUCAGGUGAAACUAACAGCAGAAAAGUUACUUAGUGAUAAAGGUCUACCAUAUGUUUUGAAGAAUGCACACAAAAGAAUACGGAUUUCCUCCAGAAAGAACUCAUACGCUAACUUAUCAAAUAUUAUUCAGUUUUACCAGCUUUGGGCACAUGAAUUGUUUCCCAAGGCAAAAUUUAAGGAUUUUAUGAAAAUAUGUCAGACAGUGGGUAAGACCGAUCCAGUUUUGAGAGAAUACAGAGUAAGCCUUUUCAGAGAUGAGAUGGACAUGAGUUCUGAUGUCGGCACACGAGAAGCCGAACAGAGUCUGAAAGCACAGCUGCCUGUGGCUGCAGAACAUGUUAUUGGCACGAGUGCGGAACCAAUUGCAGCAGCUCCUUCCAAUGCACAAGAUAAAAGCAACGUAAAUGAUGAUGAUGAUGAUGAUGAUGAUGAUGAUGACGAUAUCUAUCAUUUUCACGUUAGCAACAGAAGAAAAAGAGCUCUGCGCAAGGAAGGUGAUGAUGCAUCAACAAUACGCAAUGGCAUACCGCCUCAGGAAGAUACAAGUGCAUUAUUAAGAAUAUUCAAAGAAGUAGGGCCCUCUGACCUUGACGAUAAUCAAAAGAAGCUCUUAUCGAGAUGGCUAGAUGAACGUAGGGCUAUGGAAAAAGACUCAAUGACUGAUGAAGAUGUUCAACUAGUACAAAAACUGGAAGAAUGGGAAAUGAUUAAUAUACAAGGAGCAGAGGCACAAUACGAUUUUCUACCAGGAGAAGAUGAUUUUGGUGUUGAUCAAGAUGAGUUAGACGCUAUGAAAGAAAUGGGGUUUUAA